AUGGAGUCACCGAAAGAUGAGGCCCCCGAGAAAGUGGAGGAGGAAGCCACGAACAAGGAAGAAAAAGGGGGAGCAAAAAAUGAGAAAAAAUCAGGAAAUGCAAAAAAAAACAGAAGGAAAAAUUCUAUGAGGAAAUCCAAAAAAAAAGCAUCCUUAUCUUCGAAAAAUGGGCAAAAGAAUUACAAAAAAAUGCAAAAGGGCAAUCCUGCCAGUAGCCCCAAUUCAUUACCCAUUUGUCCUCCACCCCCCCCUCCUCCUCCACCACCUCCCCCUAUGAUGAGAGAUGGAGAGGACAGCUAUAAAUUCCGAAAUAAUUCAAACAUGGGCUUAUUAAACGUGUGCCCAAUUCCAGGAGGCUCUGCUGGCGGCAUGCCCAACUCCAUGCCACCACCAAAUCAUCAAAUGAUGAACAACCCACCCAGUUACCAUCACAAUAUUAACAUGGGGGCCCCUCCCCCUGGCAGUGCACCCUUACCUCCUAUGAACCCCAGAAAUGUUCCACACAAUCCAAACAUAAACAUAAAAACGCCAAACGUCAAUCUGAGCUCCAUGCCUAAUUGCAAUUUGCAAAUGAACUCUUCCAAUUUUCAGUCAAACAUGUAUUAUAAUAAUAAUUCAAAAAAGAAUUAUAAAGUGAAUAACGUAAUGGAAAAUGAAUCCUAUGCGUCAGCUCCUACGUUGAGGCCAGCUCCUCAUCACCAGAACAACAAUGCCAUGAGCAUGAAUGUAGAAAAAAGGAACAUGUUGAUAUCCAAUAAUUAUAUGCACCAAAGUGGUGAGUACACUACUACCUACAUGGACAUGCAACAGCAACAGAGUAGUGGAAGCGCGAAAAAAGCGCUCCCUCCUCCGAACAUCAAGCAAAAUUACACUAAUAUGCCUCUCUCUCCCAAUCCAAAUUAUUAUGUGUACAAGCCCCCGGGAGAAGCGGCUUUGUCUAAGCUUCCCACAAACGAAUAUGUCGACGAUAAACAAAUGUACGGGACUUAUCCCAACUCCAUUGAAGAUAAUAGUAUGCCCAAAUAUUAUCAACCCAGAGCUUAUGGCAGUGAUCCAAAUAACAAUAUGUGGGGAGGCAACACCAUGGGGGCGUCCAUUCCCAAUGCCCCAUAUGAUAGCAGCGUAGCGAAUAUGAAGUAUCCCACGUAUGAUCAAGGUUCAGAUAAAAUGAAAUUCAACAAGUACAAGGACAAAAUGGGGAGGAUGUCCAACCAGCCCUAUGACAGCAGGCCGCACAACAUAAUCGUCACGAAUAUCCCUAAAAACCUAAGUUCUAGGGAAAUUAUGGAGACCUUUAGGUUCAUGGGGAACAUUCUUCGAGCCGACAUUAUGUUGACCAGCAAGGGCGAGCACUCAGGCUGCGCAUGCUUAACCUUUCCGGAUUUCGAAUCGGCCUCCUUCGCAGCUAGUAAUAAAAUAAGAAUGAACGAUUGUCGUUAUGAUGGUGGAAUGUUGAACAACCAGAAAAUAAAGAUGUUUGUAGAAUAG